AUGGUAACCUUCAAUCAAAAUCCACACAUUUCGAAGAUAAAUCUAGACCUGCAUAUCCUGAAGGAUACGGCACAUCCACUCAAUCCCUCAGCUUUUCAAAUGGAUCGACAGGGUCGUAUCAUGGUGAAUACGACACAUCCACUCAAUCCCUCAACUUUUCAAAUGGAUCGACACGGUCGUAUCGUGGUGAAUACGACACAUCCACUCAAUCCCUCAACUUUUCAAAUGGAUCGAGAUGUGCAUAGCGUGGGAGAUGGCGGAGAGGAUUGUGGUACGGUAUUGGAGCGAAUAUGA